GCAGCACCCGCAGCCACCGUGCCCAGCACCGCUCAGCAGCUCCCAGGACCCCGCAGUGGGCGGUUUGGGGGUGCGCAGCCCCCGGGAGGGGUGGCCGGACCCCCAGGGCCCCAUCCCCUGCCAUAGGGCACCAUCGAAGGAACAGCCGUAUGGGCGCGGCGGUUUUGUUUGCGCCUUCGGAAAGGGGAAGCGGUGAAGUGGUGCAGCCCGAGGCCCCCGCGAGCCGCCCGGCGGUGUGGAUCUUCCUUCCUCAAUGAGGGGCUGCUGCUCGUGGUGCACCUGCAGGAUCCGGGCUGCGGGGAGCGGCUGUGCUGCGCGGGGACACUGCUGGAGAUGCCCGCGGCCCUCCGGGGUCUGACUGCAAGCCGUGCUUACGGGAGCUCGCUGACCGCAGUCCCUCUGCUUUGGAGUACCACAGCCCCAAGCGUUUCCUCCCAUCCCUGAUUGCUGAGGAUGACACCUUGUUCACCAGCAUGGCUGAAGAAAAGGAGGACUCAUCUUCCACAGAGCUGGAUGUCCCAGCAGCAGACUUGCACAGUAGCACAGAGGAUCUCCUCUCAGACUCCGCUCUGCACGGCACAGAGUAUUACAAAGACCUGGGGCUCCUGAGCCCGCCGGCUAACAAAACAGUGCCAGAGAUGGCAGCACGGCCAGAAGCAGCUCCCCAGGCUGCAUCUGCCAUCCGCUUAUUGGAGGAGAGAUCAGGGGCUCUGGGAAAAAUGUCCGUGGAUGUUGCUUUUUCCAAUCCCAUCUCCUGCUCGGUGCGUUACGGUGAGGCCGACUGCCACUUUCUGAACAAAGCUGCCAGCACUGCUGCAUGUCCUGCAGAGGAAGAUGAAGCUUUGGACCUUCAGGAGGCCUCAGAGUCAUUCCCCACGCUGGUGAGAUCCAUGUCUACCUCCAGGAGGCACAGCUGGGAGAGCCCCUUGUCACCUGUGGACUGCAAGCGCAGGUUCAGUUUGGACACCACAGAGAGAGGCAGUGAUGCCGAGCAGGAGGAGGCAGAGAAAGGCAGCAGGUCCUGCGCACAGCCUCGUGUGUCCCUGCAGCUGCCCGGGGGGACGCGGGAAGCCUGGAGCAGCAGUGCGGGCAGCAUGGUGAUCAAAGUGCAGAUAGAGCCGCUGCAGCCCAGCCUGGGCUCGGAGGAGGCGGAACGUGCCAGUGAUGGGAAGAGGCUGAGGCCACUGUCCAUCCCGUCAGCCUGCAAGGCUGCCUCCCCCCAGGCACCCUGUGGUUUCAACACUUCUCUUUCAGCCAUGGAAGGUGUUGAACCCCCUGCCCUGGAGAUGCUGGAGAAGGACCACGUGUCCCCAGACCAAGUGCUAAUGGUACAGCAGGUGCUUCAGGAGCUGAAACAGUACCAUGGGGCGAAAAAGAGAGUUUGUGUGCAAGAAGGCAGCGAUUCUUCCCAGCAGAACCUCACCUGGUUUGAGUUCCUGUCUAACGAAAAUGAGGACAGUGGAAAGAGUGACAAAGCAGAGAAAGGCACAAAGGUGAUGCGACGCCUGAGUUCCCUGCGGAGCCGUGUCACCGGGUCCUGGCAGAAGGAUAAGGGUAAGAACAAAGAGCAAUCAAAAGAGAAAGAGAAGGAGAAAGAAACAAAGGAGCCAAAAGAGAGUUGGAAAGAGGUCAAUCGGCACCAGCUUGUGCCAGGGGUUUUCUCCAGCGGCACCAGCUGCUCGCUGUGUGCCAAACCUCUCGUGAAUAAAAGUGGUCUGCAGUGCCUGAAUUGUGCAGUGAAUGUCCAUAAGAACUGCAAGAGUUUGCUGGCUGAAUGCAGCAGCAUCAGAACCAAGCAGAAAGAUUUGCAGCACAGACCUUCUGGACCUGCACAAAGUUCGUCCCAGUGCAUUUCCCCAGCCGCUUCCCUGAAGGAGCAGCCCCGGAGCCUUCUCCUGGGACCGGAUGGCACCCCAGUACUGCCACGGAGCCUCGGCAUGACUAUCGCCCAGCGAGGGACCUCUCCAUCUUCCUUUAAUACUGCAGGAGCCGUUAGCAAAUUUGGACUAAUUUCAGGAGACAUGGAUGAAGGGGAUUCAGGAUUUAUAAAGUUUAAGCAGACCUCAGAUGAUGUUGUCUCACUUGCACCUUCAACAGCAGACUCCAUUUUUCUGGAAGAUGCAUAUUCUCUAUCCCUCCGAAGUGAAAUAGAAACAGACGCUCAUGAGUUUGAGGCAGAGUCUUGGAGUGUUGCAGUGGAACAGUCUUAUGCAAAGAGGCAAAAGAAAGAAGUUGUAAAAAGGCAGGAUGUCAUUUAUGAACUAAUGCAGACUGAAAUGCACCACGUUAGAACGCUGAAAAUAAUGCUGAAGGUGUACUCCAAAGCCAUGAAGGAGGAACUGCAGUUCUCGAAUGCAGUCAUCAACAAGCUCUUCCCCUGUGUGGAUGAGCUGCUGGAGAUGCAUGGGCAAUUCCUGCUCCAGUUAAAGGAGCGGCGAAAGGAGUCCUUGGAAGAAGGCAGUGACCGAAAUUAUAUAAUCCAGAACAUUGGAGACCUCUUGGUAAAACAGUUCUCAGGUGAAAAUGGAGAGAGAAUGAAAGAAAAAUACGGUGUGUUCUGUUCUGGACAUAAUGAAGCUGUUAGUCACUAUAAAGACCUGCUCCAAAGCCACAAGAAGUUCCAAAACUUAAUAAAGAAAAUUGGCAACUGUUCCAUUGUGAGGAGACUUGGUGUUCAGGAGUGCAUCCUUCUGGUUACGCAGCGCAUCACCAAAUAUCCGGUCUUGGUGGAACGUAUUAUUCAGAAUACAGAAGUUGGAACUAAGGAUUAUGAAGAUCUGAUCCAGGCCCUUAGUUUAAUUAAGCAUACAAUCACUCAUGUAGAUGCCAUAGUAAAUGAGUGUGAGAAGGGGCAGCGCCUUAAAGAGAUUAUGCAUAAAAUGGAGCUAAAAUCAUCUGGGAAAUGCAAGAACGGGCUUUUCUUCCGAAAGGAUGACAUGGGGCAGAGGCGGCUUCUGCUGGAUGGGAUGCUGUACUGGAAAGCUGCAUCAGGACGGCUCAAAGAUAUUUUGGCAGUCCUGUUAAAUGAUGUACUGUUGCUCUUACAAGAAAAGGACCAAAAAUAUGUGUUUGCAUCAGUGGACUCUAAACCACCAGUUAUCUCACUGCAAAAGCUGAUCGUAAGAGAGGUAGCUAAUGAGGAAAAGGCGAUGUUCUUAAUUAGUGCUUCCUUACAAGGACCAGAAAUGUAUGAAAUUCACACAAGCUCAAAAGAAGAGAGGAAUUCCUGGAUGGCUCACAUCCGCAGAGCUGUAGAAAGCUGUCCUGAUGAAGAAGGAGGGUCAUUUUAUGAACCUGAAACAGAAAGGAGAAUGGCUGAAGCAAGAGCGGCGAAAUUAAGAGAAUUCCAAGAGCGUUUGAACACAAAAGAUGACCUGAUUGUGCAAAGUUUAACUGAGAAACAACAAAUUUAUCAAGAAAUGUCUGAGGUGUAUGGAUUUGAAGACCAUUCCCAAGGAUCCCGAUCUAGGCUACUUCUGGGGGAUAUCCCAGAAAGUCUGCAAGGAGAGGCACUUCUGAAGUCUGCAGUGGUAGAAGCUGAAAAUCUCCAGAACCUUAUCUUCACUCACUUGGGAAAUGGAUCCUGUCAGUCUGAAGAGAGCUACGCAGCGGGGCUCCCAAGGAGAGCAGAGACCUUUGGAGGAUAUGACAGUCCCUCAAUUUCAAAUAAAAAUAACAGUCUUGGGAAGAGUGGUGGUAGUGACCAGAGACAGUGGGACUGGAGAGGCCCUGCAGUAAGUUCAGAUGUGCAGCUCCCAGACCUCCCAGUUGAUGCAGAAGAAGGAUCUCAAACUAGUGAUACAACAAGGCAGGAUGACAGCAGUGGUAUUCAGCCCACCAUAGAGUCUCAGCUUGUCCAAAGGAUACAAACACUGCUACAGUUGCUCUUCAGUCUGCAGGCAGUGAUAUCUCAACAAGACAGCUACAUUGAGGUACAACGAGCCACAAUGGUAGACCGGGAGAAGCAGUACCGGCUGCAGUCUACACGUGGCAAUGUGCUGCUAGAGCAAGAAAAACAGCGUAACUUUGAGAAACAGAGAGAGGAGCUGAUGAAUGUCCAGAAACUUCAGAGCCAGCUGAAGCUGGAGCAGCAGCGCUGGGAGCGGGAGAGGAGUCAGCAGCAGAGGGAACUGGAAAUCUCAGAAGCCCAUCUGCAGAGGCGUGAGGAGGAGACGCGGCAGCUGAAAGAUAAGUUGAUUCAGGAUAGAGAAGAACUGGAGAGGCAACGAGAGGCCUAUCAGCAUGACCUGGAGAGGCUGCGGGAAGCUCAGAGAGCAGUUGAGAAGGAGAGAGAACGUCUAGAUCAGCUAAGGAAGCUGAAAAAGCAGAACACGGUGUCGGGCACCUUCUCUCCAGAACUGGGACAAAACCCAAUGCAAAGUCAUCCUGUUAGCUUCAAUGGAGAGGGAGUAGAACCAUCCCUGCCAGUCUUGAAAGCCUCUGCACGAGUGAGUGUCUCUGGGAUGGAUUACUUGGAGCGCUCGGAGCUGGUUCGCAGGGACAGCACCACCCUGGAGAACCGUCCAGUUCUUGCUCUGAAGAAUGAAGUGCCAAUACAUCUCCUGAGCGCGACUAAUCAGAUACAGAAACCCGCUGCUGUUCAGCAGCAGAUCCCUACUAAGCUUGCCACUUUCACAAAAGGAAGCAAAGAGAAAAGUGGGAAGAACAAAGCAUCUCAUAGGACAGACAGCUCAGCAUCUGUUGACCAGAAGCAGCUGAUUCCCCCCAGGCUUGUUGGAAGAGAGGAGGGUGUCCUCAGAGGCAGACGAUCAGCAAGUCCAGUCCUCACGAGCAGCCAGACCACUGCAUUCCAGACAGAAAUACAUGGCUCUGCAAAUGGUCAGCCAGAAGCACUUUCUUCUGCCUCUCCAAACCCGUUCAAACCCAAUAACGCUCAUGCUCAGACCCUGGUGACCUCACAGCCAACUCUUUUAAACAUGCAAGAUGAUACCAGCAAAGAAGAUGUAAUUUUUUUCUAACUGUUUCCAUUUGAAGAUUACUCUUCUCACAUACUGUUUCAAGAACUCAGGCUCCGGUGUUCAAUGUGACAGAGACUUGACAUGGGUGUCUUCUUAUUCUUGCCUCGUUAAUACUAGCAAGGACCAGCCCAGGACUGUAGUUUUACUUUGCUGGCUGCUUUGGCAGCAGCUCAAAAUGAGGGCACAAUGAUAAUUAUUUGCUUUUAAAUUCUCAGACCAUGGAAAUGUGUUGACGCGUGGCAUGGGUAUGUAAAUUCAGAGCAUGUUAAAAUGCUGCCAUUUACUGCAAUUUGCUCUCUUUGGUGUAUCUACACUCUUUGUGAGCACCAUCUUGUAAAUUGUUGUAGUUGAUGUUGAAUCUUUCAGAUCUGUAUGUAAAAAUUUUAAUUGUAAGCCUCCAGGUGGCUGAGAUUUUUUAAAAUCCAUAUUCACAGGUGCAAGGUUGCUCUCGUGGGUUAUGCUAACUCUCUGUUAAACAAUUAACUAGCAAAGCAGUCUCCAUAGAGCCACACACGAUAAACAUUGUGAUACCAACUCACAGGAGCCAGACUGGCAUCUGUUUCUUUAGUUGACUCAGUGGAGUUACAUGCUCAGUGGUAGAAAAGGCAAGGUAAGUUUCUGAACAGUCUUCAAGAUUCAAGAGCUCCACCUGCUUGUGGAUGAGGAGAGCUGAACGUGUGAGGAUGUGCAGCAGUAUGAAGAGUUGGACUAAAUGCACGUUUGGCCAUCAGCUUGUGUCAUAAAGCCCAGCUCCUCGUGGACCUUGAGCAGCUCUCCAUGUUGGUGAGGGCAGUACAGAUUCCUCAGCAAAACUCAUGAGUUGGUUCAGAAGAAACUGCAGAGAUGUGUUCCUUGCUGGAAGGUGUGUAAGAAGAGUUUGAACGCAGUAAUUACUGUUUUGUUUCAUCCCAAGUCUUCUGCAUCUUUUAUUUGUCUGCUGAAUUCCUUGGACUUUACUCCAAGUACCAUAAGAUAUCAAAGCUGCUGUUACUGCAGAGAUUUCUCUGCAGCAGUUUAAGGAAUGAAGGGAAGAUGAACUGUUUGGGUUUAAAAAACAGAUGUGCUAUUAGCUGAACCUCUGUUGGUUUGGCUGCUUACAGCUAAACCAGCUCUGAUACCUCUUGCUAAGUGGGUCAGUUCUUAAUCAUGGAAUGAUGAUGUUAACAGAGCCCUGCUCAAAAGGCAUUAUUUCUUUGUAGUAGUUUGCACAGUUGUCUGUUGUGUUCUGUCACUUUAUUUUGCAUCUCAGUUCUUUAUUACUUGCAUUACCUGAGGACGUGUUCCAAUGUUGGAUGUGACCAGUCCCAUGCAUUGCACACAGGAGAAACUGUUUAGAGGGGAUUAGUACAGGAUUAGAGAAAUUGGUCUCUCAGAGCCUAAAAACACAGGUUGAUAUCUUCCAGAAUGUGAUUGACAUGCUAACUGAUGGUAGUAAAAACCUGAAGGCACUGAAUUCAGAGUCACAGUGUCACCUAUGAGGAAACUCGGAAUAACCUACAUGUUACCAGGCUGCUGAUACCCCCAACCACCCCAACUAAUUGCUCCUAUUAAUGAGGGCACACUUUGCUUUGGUACCAAAGUGGUGCUUGGUGAGCAGUGAGCCUUGCAGAGCUUCACAGGUUAUUGAUAUUGGAUUUGCAGAAAACUGUGGGGAGCACGAUCAUCCUUUCAUUGUUGUAAUGCUAUGUUGGUGAUGGUUAGAACAUAUUUCUAUGUUGUUUUUGCAUUCCUGAAACCUGGGUUGAAACAGUGGGAAUAUCUUAAAAUCAGUGUAACCUCUCUGAUUCAGCAGCUCUGCAGGGGCAAUUCUUCAGCUGGAGGAUGCAGAGACUGCCAUCAUCUCUGGUACCUGUGUCAUUUCUUCUGUAAACACACAGCAAAGCAGCAGGAAUGUGCAGUAUGUUCCCUCCGUGCUGUGCUUUGGGCCACUCCUUGAGAGAACCCCAUUGCCCUCAAUUAGCAGUUCUAUAGGAGCCUUAACAUAAAGCUGAGUUGGGUCAGUGGAUGAAAGCACCUCAGCUGAGGGAGGGCUCUGUUUAGCAGUUUAAAAACAGUUUUUAGAAACGUGCAUUUGGUUUAAUUUUGUGCCUGUCCUGAUGUAUGGGAGAGAGAGCUCUGUGGAUCAAAGAGAUCUGUCUGGAAACUUUUCUUCUCCUUCCUCCAUGCAAUGAACGAAGUCAGGUUUGGACAGUGCAAUCUGGAAAGCAAAAUCUGCAGUGAGAUCACAUUUCUUUUAACGUGUUAUGACUGAAAUAAAACUAUCUGAAUAUUGUCA